CCCCGCCAAUGGCUUCUUCGGCUUCUUCCUUCUCCUUCCUCUCUAGGGUUUUCCCAACCCAUUCACUUCCCCGUGGCGGAGUCGGUGAUUCCUCGGUUCCCCGGCUCUUCGUGGGCGUCUCGAGGCCUCCGCCGCCGCUCCUUCGUUCUCCUCCGCCUCGCUCCUCCGCCGUCGCCUUCUCCCGUAGGAGUAGGAGGAGGAAUAGCUCGUCUACAACAAGUAAAGAUCCUCCCACUAAGCAUAAGAUCACAGUACCUGAUGAUGAGGAGGAAGAUGAUAUCGAUGAUAUAGAUGAGGAUGCUUUUGAAGCACUAUUUAACCAACUCGAAGAAGAUCUGAAAAAUGACAAUUCAGCCGAUGACGAUUUGGAUGAUGAGAUAACAGAAGAAGACAUGGCCAGGCUUGAACAGGAAUUGGCGGAAGCACUUGGUGAUGGUGAUUAUGGUGAUGAAUCUUCAGGGGAUUCGCUCUCAGGUUCUGACAAUUUGGACAACACUGAUGAUUGCGAUGAAAUCGAAGCUCCCAAGCUUAAAAAUUGGCAAAUUCGGAGGCUGGCUCGAGCUUUAAAGAUCGGCAAGCGCAAAACUAGUAUAAAAAAUCUUGCUGCUGAGCUUGGUUUAGACAGGGCUCUUGUACUGGAAUUGCUUCGCGAUCCACCUCCCUAUCUCCUAUUAAUGUCUGCUUCUUUACCGGAUGAAGCCACACAAACUCAUCCUGAACCUGAAACGAAGCCAUUGGAGGCUCCUUGUUCUACUGUUGACGAGGACCCUGUUACAGAAAAUAAGCCUGAGGUGAAACUCCCAGUUUAUGUCAUGCAAACAAGAUGGUCUGCAAAAAAGAGAUUGAAGAAAGUGCAAGUCGAGACUCUGGAAAGAGUUUACCACCGUACAAAACGCCCCACUAACGCGAUGAUCAGCAGUAUAGUGCACGUGACGAAUCUUCCAUGGAAGACGGUGGUGAAGUGGUUUGAGGACAAGAGACUCAAGGAUGGGGUUCCUGACCAUCGUGUUCCCUUUCGGCGAUCUAUGCCUGAGACCGUAUCCAUUGAUUGAUCCGAGAUUUUGGUAACAAAUUAUUAUUGCGAUCUUCUUAUCGGCGAUCGCUCAUGCAAGUUUUACAUCCAAAAGCUUCAAAGAACAAACAAAUUGUAUAUGAGUGCAUCUCGACGAGCCUCAACCCUAGGUAUCUCAGCCUAAAUUGUUGCUUUCUACCUUUCAGUCGCCUCGUGCGUUGUUUAUAUGUUCUGAUACUUGUUCGGCUGUCUAUUUGUGCGUUCUGUAACACCCUGGGAGCAAAUGACGCAUAACUGCUGCUUGGAUCUCUCUUGGGAGUUUUGACUCUUUAUGUCUCUCUUCUACUUCAAUUAAAUGAUGAAGCAACUAAUGCACCCUUA